UCAUAUAACUAUAUACGUUUGCACUUUACAACAGCUUUGGUGAUGCCAACUCCUAUAGAAUCCCCCCCCCCCCCCUAGAGCCAACAUCGUAUACCUAUAAAGUAUAAUAUCAAUAAAGCUUUUGUAAAUAAAAUAAAAAAAAAAUAUAUAACAUUUCCAUCAUUGAGUAUUAUAGAUUUUUGAUAUUUCAGUUAUAAAUACUCUUGAAGUUUAUAUUUAUUUGGUUAAGUUUGUUGUUUGGGUUUAGGGUUAUAUUCUUAAUAUAAAUUGUAUGAUUUUGUGAAGUGUUUACUCAACACUGUGUAGUGGUUUAGUCACUGAAUUCCAGUUCCAGUAUAAAUUAUUCGCUAACGUAAUAUUUCAACUGUUUGGGUCAACAACUUUUAAAAUUGUAAUAAAUAUUAAAAUUGAGAGUUAGGCCAGAAUUAUAAUAAUAUAUAUAUAAGUCAAUAAUGUAAUUAUAAAACUUUUAACAUCCAUAAUGGGUAUCAUUCAAUAUAAUAUCCUUAACUGCUUAAUAAUUCUAGUAAAAAUAUUUAAUAUAAGUUAUUGUUAUGAUGCUAGUGGAUACAUUGCUUAUUGUCCCUGCAUGGGUAGAUUUGGAAACCAAGCUGAUCAUUUUUUAGGAGCACUAGCUUUUAGUAAAGCCCUUAAUAGGACAUUAAUUCUUCCUCCAUGGGUGGAAUACAGAUAUGGAGAAGUAAAAUCAAUUCAAGUCCCUUUUGACACCUACUUUGAAACAAAGCCAUUAACUGUUUACAACAAAAUUGUGACAAUGGAAACAUUUAUGCAAGAAAUUGCCCCAAACAUUUGGCCCCAAGACAAAAGGAUAUCCUUUUGCUACACUCCUAGAAUUGGGGAUUUAAAAAAUAGCUGCAAUGCAAAGUCCGGCAAUCCAUUUGGGCCCUUUUGGGACACUUUUAAUAUAGAGUUUAGUGAUUCUGAAUUUUAUGGACCUUUAAAUUAUGAUGCAUAUAAUGAAAUUAUAGUACAACAGUGGAUAAGUAAGUACAGACCACAAGAAUGGCCUGUGUUAGCUUUUACAGGUGCGCCAGCUAGUUUUCCCGUUCAGGCAGAGAAUGUACAUUUACAAAAAUAUCUUAAAUGGAAUUUCCAAAUGUUGGACAAAGCCAAGUCAUUCAUCAAAGAAAACAUGAAUGGUGGUGGUUUCUUAGGCCUUCAUUUAAGAAAUGGUCAAGAUUGGGUAAGAGCCUGUGAUCAUGUAAAAGAUAGCCCAACAUUGUUUGCUGCACCUCAGUGUGUUGGUUAUAAAAAUGAGAAAGGAACCUUGACAUCAUCAAUGUGCCUUCCCACUAAGAGUGAGAUGUUAAAACAAGUCAAGAGGGCACUUAAAAAGUCUCCAGACAUUAAGUAUGUUUUCGUUGCAUCAGAUUCCAAUCAUAUGAUUGAAGAGUUGAAGAAAUCAUUAAAGGACUUUCAUGUUACUGUUACUAAACUUAAUAACAGUGAUCCACAUUUAGAUCUAGCUAUCUUAGGCAAGGCUAAUUAUUUUAUUGGCAAUUGUGUAUCUUCAUUUUCUGCAUUUGUAAAGCGAGAUAGAGACGUCAGUGGCCUUCCAUCUGAAUUUUGGUGUUUUCCCAGCCGAAAGAAGUAUAGACAUGACGAACUAUAGGCUAAAAUGUGGAUGAAAACUUCCUUUGCAGUCACGUGAAUUAAAUUUUACUGAUAACUAUAUCUUACACUUUAGUAAGUUUAUAAUAAAAUAAUAUUUCGGUCUAGAUUUAAAUGUCAUAUUUUCAAAAAUAAAA